AAGUACCUGAAUUGUGCAAUAGCGGUUGUUAUCUGUUCGUUUUGUGCAGAUUUAUAAAUCAAACUGCUUAAAUGAAUAGUCCACGAGUGGGUGGCGUAUUAGCCCUGGGUGCCACUGCCCUGGGCGCUUUUUACCUGGGCACCCACGUGGAGCGCGAACGCCGGCACGAUGGCUCCACAAGUGGCCUCCCGCGGCUGCCUGGUCUGCCCACCUUUGGAACUGUUUCGGCCGCCAGUUUGAUUCCCGCCCAAGAGAGCAAUGUAAGCCUAGCGGCAACUCCGUCGCGGAUCGGUCAGAUCAUGAAGUACGGUUUCCCGGGACUCGAUCACGUGCGCUCCCACUCGGACUACGUUCUGUCCUACGAUCGGAGGAACCGAGUGCCCCACUGGGUGUUCGAGCACCUAACGGCCGAGUCGGUGGCCAAGAACGAUGCCGUGGACAGGUCGAAGUGCGAUUUCAAGCAGGACGAGAGCAUCCACCCGUUCUUUAGGUCACAAAACACGGACUACCGCCGAUCGGGCUAUGAUCGCGGACACAUGGCUGCCGCUGGAAAUCACCGACUACACCAGAAGCACUGCGACGAAACCUUCUACCUAUCGAACAUGGCGCCACAGGUGGGCCAGGGCUUCAACCGGGAUGCGUGGAACACUCUCGAGGCACACGUGCGCAGACUGACCAAGACCUACUCAAAUGUGUUCGUCUGCACGGGUCCACUGUACCUACCGCACAAGGAAGACGAUGGAAAAACGUAUGUGAAGUACGAGGUCAUCGGCUCUAACACCGUGGCUGUUCCCACACACUUCUACAAAGUUAUUGUGAGCGAAUCCGCGGACCACAAACUCCACAUGGAGUCAUACGUGAUGCCCAACCAGGUGAUCAGUAACGACACUCCCAUCAGCGUGUUCCAGGUGCCGCCAGAGAGCGUGGAACGCUCGGCGGGAUUGCUCUUCUUCGAUCAGAUCAAUCGCAAGCAACUGGCCACCAUCAAUGGCAAGAAAGUCUAGUCGAUGGCUUAGUUUCGUUUAGUGUAUUUGAACAGGGAUAGCCCCUUGUUUAAUGUAAUUUUCUUCUUUUCCAAAGAACUUGUGGAUUAAUAAAAUUAAACAAUUAAUACAGAUGUA